CUUACACACAGCUGCGUUCUACGGGACAUCCCUUCGGCCAUAUGGGGUCAGCUGUCCCGGCUGUGUCGUUCCACCCCCCCCCCAUCCCCUCAGUGGUAAAGAGCACAAGAAGGAAUGCAACAUUGCCCGGGGUAAGCACGGUCAGGGGUACCCAGCUGCUUCUCCAGCCCCACGGAGCAGGGGAUGCUCGGAGUUGCCUCCAGGCAGCCCCACACGGUGGCCGUACUCCUGCUCGACCGGGAAGGGACCGAAUCUGUCCCAACCCCCGCCGGAACGGGUGGAAUUCUUCUCCUCGUCCCAAACCGCGUCACGUCGAGGACAGAGAUCAGCACGCUCCCGAGCGAUGCGCCUCGGCCGACUGGAGAUAAAAUUAUGGCUCUCUGAGUCACGAAAAUCCCUUUCCUGAUUUGACGAGAGCGAGUGCGGGAAGCGGCGGGGAGGGGAGAUGCCUCGGUUCUGUCCCCGCCGGGGCUCGUUUCUGACAUCAGCACGAAACCGGGCAUAAAAGCGGCGAGCUGCACCCCGGGGCGCAGAGGGCGAGCGCUGGGCUCCGUGGGACGGCACCGGGCGCUGCGGGACCGAGGUUGGAACUGUCGCUGUUGUCGAGCCGCUGCAGGGGGAAAGCGUCGGGGAUGAAGCUGGGGACCACCUGCCUGCUGUGCUUGCUGCUCACCUGCAUGGCCCUGCCCACCGCCUGCCGCCUCCGUGAGCGCUCCAUGGAUAUCAGGAGUAAGGAGAGCAGGAACCCAGACAUCGACCCCUCCUGGUACACCGGCCGUGGCAUCAGGCCCGUGGGGCGAUUCGGACGACGGCGAGCGCUGGGGGAAAAUACCCAACCUAGGGGAGCUGCCCUGCACCCUGUCUGUGUUCCCCCACACACCCAACCCCCCCGGGAGCAGCGAAGUGUCUGAGCUGAAGAUGGGGGACACCAAUAAAAAGCCCUUUUUUCUCUCCUACUACCUGGCCCUGUCUCUCUGCUCCAAAACCUGGUGCGUGGGGAGCUUGGGGUGGGACAAGGCAUGAGCCCUGGUGGUGUUGGUAUCACCUAAAAUUAAGCUCUGGAGCCUCUCCUCUCUUUCUACAAGCAAAUCCUCUGGGAUUCCCACAGUGUGUCAGCACCCCCAAGAGCACCAAACCCCCCACCUCACCUCAGAGCUCAGAUCAGCCCUCACUUCAUGACAACCCCUCUCGCAAGCUGCCUCCUCCACUGCUUUACCCAUUCCCCAGUUUGGAGCAAGGAUGGAUGUGGUUCCCAAAGGCAAGCUAAA